AUGGAGGUAAAUACCCCCCUGCCCACUCUACAACCUCUGACAAGGCCCCAGUCCGAACAGUCAUUCAUACCCCUCCAUACAACCUUUCAAACCCAGCUGACGUCUGAGGAUGAACACAUGAUAGCGGCCAUAACUAACGCACCGCAAAACUUUGCAGUCACUAUCGCUGACCAAGUGGAGGACAAGAAUAUCUCCGACUCUGACUCCGACAACCCAGACUCUGCCCGGUCCGGCCCCCUCCUUGGGAAAAAUCAUCAAGGAAGUGGUAAAAACAAAGAUCUCACUUUAGCAACCGAAAAUGAAACGAGGAAACAUGCGAGAUCACCCACUGCCAACCAAAAAUCCUCCCUUGUGCCUACUCCCGAUGUCUUCGACCUUGGGUCGGGUGGCUUGGCAGCCUUCCAAAAAAACACAAACCCCAUUGAAUUCCCCCCAUCCUGUAGCCCGGCCACUGAAGGCAAUGGAUCCCCCAUCGCCACUGACCAACCAACCUUCAUACCGGUAAUCGCUGAACAACCUGACGAUGGAAGAGACGAUCUAAACUGGCUACCACUAGGACCUGACCUGGCAAACUUUUACACACACAGCCUCCACCCAGGCCACCUCCUUGAAGGAGCAAACCCCAACUGUGCCAAAGCCUGGCUAAAAAAGGCAGGUGCCAUCCUAGCCAUGCCCCUUGAUGCCGCCCACAGCAAAGAAAACACUAGCAAUUUCCAAACCAACAUGGAAGCCUUUCUAGAAAGGGCAUUCCCAGACCAAGUCGGGGAAGUAAACAUCAUCCCCCCUGUCCCUAUUGACCUUAGAUGUGGUGGAACCCCCCAAUAUGCCAAACCAUGGGGCUUCCUAGUUGAAGGCCUAAAUCCCCAAUUUGCCGACUGUCAAGGACUCGUCUGGGGUUGA